AUGUCGGCGCUCCUCAACUUUGUCGAUCAGCAAGUGCUGGUCGUGACGCAGGACGGGCGCGUCAUCGUGGGCACGCUAAAGGGGUCAGACUCGACGGGCAGCGUCAUCCUCGCCGGCUCCGUCGAGCGCAUCUUUGCGCCGGACUGCCCCGUUGAAGAGGUCCCGCUUGGCCUAUACGUCCUCCGAGGCGAUAGCAUAUGCCUUAUAGGCGACCUCGACGUCGAAAAGGAUAGGUCCAUGGACCUUGCGCAGCUCAUGGCCGAGCCCAUCCCGGAAACACGGCAUGCCCUCUAG